UUGUGAUGGAGCUAUCAGAACUAAUAGAAAAAAGCCGUAUAGAUGGAGUCUUUCUUUGUGAAGGGCCGAGGCCACCACAAAAAGGGUCGUUGGCUUUGACCGGUCAUCAUUUGAUUUUCUCGCCAGAGAAGACUGAUUGGAAUUCACAAAUAAUUGGUGAGAAUGGACUAUUGCAUCGAGCUGUGGACCGAGUUCUUGUUGAGCAGGUAAAUAGAAAUCCUAAUGUCAAGCAAGGUGCCUAUCUUCGACUGAAAUGUAAAAAUUUUUUGCAUAUUUGCUUUGAACUUGAUGAUUUACACGACUGUCAUCUUGUCGCAAGAUCAAUUGAAACAUUAUCAAAUCCUAGUGGUAUUAAACAUGAUUAUCCUUUUUAUUAUCGGUGUCCUUUUACUAUUCUUGACGAUGGUUGGAGAGCAUAUGUCAUAGAAGACAAAUUUUCUAAACUACAAUUGUUGACUGGGGAACGCUUCCGAAUCAGCUCUGUCAACAAAGAUUUUGAGACUUGUUCUUCCUAUCCCGAGCAAGUUAUUGUCCCAAAAGGAAUUGGCGAUGACUAUCUUCGAAUAUCUGCUACAUUUCGGAGUGGUGGACGUUUUCCAGUUUUAAGUUAUUAUCAUCAGAGGACCAAAUCCACAAUUUAUCGAUGCGGCCAGCCAUUAAUCGGACCAACAAGCAGGCGAUGUAAAGAGGAUGAAGUCAUUUUAAAUUCAAUGCUUUCAAAAUUUUCCCAAGGAUUAAUUUAUGAUACAAGGUCAAAACUAACUGCACAGACAAGUCGAGGAAGAGGUGGCGGUUGUGAAAGUCAAAUGUAUUAUUCGAAAUGGAAAUAUGUUAAUGGAAAUGUGCCAAGGAUAAAAGAUUUGCAUGAAUCAUUAACACGUUUAAUUGAAGCAUGUAUUGAAAACCCAGUCUCCUUCCUUUCACGGCUUGCAAACUGUGGAUGGCUACAAUAUAUUACAGAUACUUUGACUGGAGCAGCAACGGUUGCACAAAUUGUACAUUGUAUGGAUGAAGUUUCAGAAGUUCCUGUGCUCGUGCAUGGAGGAGAUGGAACAGAUUCAACUCUUUUAGUCACUUCACUUGCACGGCUUAUAUUAGAUCUAGAUGCUAGAACGAUUCGUGGUUUUCAAUCAUUAAUUGAAGAUGAAUGGACGGGCGCUGGUCAUCCGUUUAGUAUUCGUUGUGCUCAUUCAUCAUUUGCAACUGGCACACUUACAGGACCACAUGAAUCACCGGUUUUUCUAUCCUUUUUGGAUUGUGUUUGGCAACUAAUGCGACAAUAUCCUUCUUGUUUUGAAUUUAAUGAACAAUUUUUAAUUUUUUUAUUUGAGCAUGCUUAUGCAUCAGAGUUUGGAACUUUUUUGGGAAAUAAUGAACAGGAGAAGAAAAAUUUUAGUGUUAAGACACACACAGUUUCUUUAUGGUCAUAUGUGAAUCAUCCUGCUGUGCUUCCUGCCUUUCUCAAUUACCUUUAUCGGCCCUAUGAUCAACCAACUUGGCCUUCAGUCGCUCCACAAAGCAUUAUUCUCUGGGAACGAAUUUAUCUACGUUGGCAAAGGAAUUGGUCUCAAUUCGAUCGAACGCUUCAAACUCUAAAUUCUUGGAAACAAGAUGAGAAACGUCUUGUUGCGAGAUUGCAAGCAUUACAACAACAGCAAAGCGAGCAAUCUAGAAGUAUUUCUGCGUGUUCAACAAUCACUUCUACAGAAGCUCAACAACAUUCUAAUUCUCAUUUAUUACAAAAUGAAGCCAAAAUAAUCUUACCGCAUAAUCCUUUUGCUUUAGAGAAUCUCGUAAAAAUGGAUCAUUUAAAUAUUACAAGUUUUGAUAAUGAAACUGAUGGAGAAGGAUUUGAGGUUGUGGAGGAUGCAGCAAAUAAUGAUGGACACACACUUGGCAAAAGAACGGCAAAGGCAACCGUAAAUUCCUCCACUGCUUCUAUGCUAAAUGGUGCAAAACAAACAGCGCGGCAGUUUCUUCAAAAGUUGGGACCUUCCUUUAUAUGA